AUGCGGACGGCACAGGGGGUUGGUCACACAGCAGAGCUGAACGGAACAGGACAGCGGUCACUGGAGCCUGGGGAGGUGGGGAAGAGGCGUCAGUCCUUUGCGUUGUGCAGACCCAGGUUCAAACAGGAGCGAGAGAGUUUAUGCUCUUUUUUGUCCACUGCGGCCAUCAGCCAGUCGGUCUGCCCCCGUCGUCAGCAGCGGCUCCAGGCUGCUCAGAGCAGGUCGUCGCCCUCAUGCUGGGCAGGGCCAGGACCCGAGCCAGAGGCAGAGCCCGUGGCCGACCGAGUGUCGCCCAGCCUGAGCCUCCUGGAGCCGCCGCGGCCAGCCCGAUGUCCACAUCCCUCCCUGGAUGCUGCGGUGCCCUCCUCACAUGCCCAGUCUGUCUCCGACUUAGAACCAGCCUCCUCAUUCUUUCUCGAACACCCUGACCUGUCAGCCGAGGAGCUCUGUCCUCUCAACUUGCUCAAUGUCAGGCCUCCCUCCUCUGAGGGUCCCUGCUGGCCCCCCGACUGGUCCAACCUGCCCCCUUCAUGCCCACCUUUCGGGCCCAGCAUGCUGCUCGACCGCCUGCUCGACCGCCACCGAGGCCCCAGCCGCCCCGAGAGGAAGGCCGAGGGCUUGCACCCCAGCAGCCUCAAGGAGCAGAAGGAGGAGCCCCGGCUCCAGAAUCUAUCCAUGAUGCCAACCAGGCCUUCCAGAGUUUUCCAAGACAUCGUGUUGAAUACCAGGCAGAACUUGGAACACGUUAGACACUCAAAAACUGGUUCAGAAGGCACCGCGAUAAGAGUGCUGGCGAACCACUUCCGAGUGUGGCACCCGCGGUGGCCGGUGUUCAAGUACAAUGUGCGCUUCCAGCCCGACGUGAAAGGCGCGAGGCUCCGUGCAGAGCUGCUCUUCCAGAGCGAGCGGGUGUUCGGAAGGAGGCGCAUCUUCGACGGGCAGUCUCUGCUGUCACCGGAACGGCUGCGUGUGUCGAGCUUGGAACUUGUCAGGCAGACCCAAGACGGAGACAUUGUACAUAUUACAGUAGAGUUUUUCAAAGAACUCAAACCCACCCACCCAGAUUACCUGCGUUACUACAAUGUCCUCUUCAGAAGGACUCUGAAGCUGAUAAACUUGGAACAGGUCGGUCGCCACUAUUACUCCCAAGAAGCUGAGGAGGAAUUCAGAAGCUGGGGCCUGGACGUGCGGUCUGGCUACAUCACCUCUAUUCUUCCAUAUGAACACAGCCUUACCCUGUGUGCUGACGUGAGCUAUAGGGUCCUCCAGAGCAAAACUGCUUAUGAUGUCAUAGAUGGGACAUAUGAAUUCCUCCGAGGGUACCCAGCCACAUCCUCCAGACAACUCCAGCAAGAGCUCAAAGACAGGGUGGCAAAACAGCUACUUGGCUCAGUUGUUCUUACAAAAUACAACAACAGAACGUACAGGGUGGAUGGUAUAAACUGGGAUCAGAAUCCCCGAGAUACGUUUACAAGAUCGGAUGGCACACGAGUCACCUUUGUAGAAUAUUAUCUACAGCAAUAUAAUGAGCAAGUCACUGAAUUGAAGCAGCCACUCCUGGUCAGCCUGGGCAGAUGGAGAAAGGGCCAGAGGGAUGCCCCACGAGAGCCCGUCCUGCUGGUUCCACAGCUGUGCUACCUGACAGGUUUACCAAGAUUUCUACCAAGUUCGACUAUGAAAAAGUUGGUGGAGAGAACAAGGCCAAAUGCCAACGACAGAGUUAACAUCUUGAAAAUCUUCAUUGAGGGCUUAGAAAGUGAUCAGAACGUGCAAGAGGAACUUGAGCGCUGGGAGCUGAGGUUUGGCUCUGAUUUCAUGCCUGUCUCUGGAAGAGUUUUGAGAGAAGUUACAAUCUUCCAACAUGACAAAUCGGAGUCUAGCGAGGGUCACGCCAGCCAUGGGUAUGGCUAUGACGAGAGCAAAAGUCAUGUUUCACCUUUGUUUGUCUUUAAGGUGGUUUGCAUACUGCCCAGUGAUGACCAGAAGAGGUAUGCAGACAUAAAAAGAUACCUGUGUGUUCAGUGCCCGGUGCCAAGCCAGUGUGUGGUGGCAGAGACCUUAAGCAGCCCCAAGAGGUUCCUGACUAUUGUCACCAAGAUCGCCCAGCAGAUGAACUGCAAGAUGGGAGGAGCCCUCUGGAAGGUGGAGACAGGCUUACAGAGGACGAUGUUCAUUGGUAUUGAUUGUUUCCACGAUGUCGUACAUCGCCGGAAGUCAAUUGCAGGAUUUGUGGCAAGCACCGAUGAAGAUCUGACCACGUGGUACUCUCAAUGCAUCUUUCAGGAAACUGGAGAGGAGCUCGUGGAUGGGCUGACAGGCUGUUUGGAAGCCGCCCUGACUUCCUGGUUUAAGAACGCGCUGAGCGCGCCGCAGUCGAUCGUGGUGUAUCGGGACGGGGUGGGAGACGGUCAGCUUCAGGCCUUGCUUGACCAUGAGCUACCGCAGCUCGUGCGCUACUUAAAGCACGCCUGCAGGCACAGUAUCAAGCUAGCUUUCAUUGUGGUGAAGAAACGAAUAAACACCAGGUUUUUUAUUGAGAAGAAUGGUUUAUACCACAAUCCUCCUUCAGGAACUGUUAUCGACGUGGUGCUAACCAGGGAGGAAUGGUAUGACUUCUACAUCGUGAGUCAGUCCUCGAGAUCUGGAAUGGUCACCCCCACCCACUACAAUGUCAUCUAUGAUACAAUUCGCCUGACCCCAGACGCAGUGCAGCGCUUAACUUACAAGCUGUGUCACAUGUACUACAAUUUGCCAGGUAUCAUUCGAGUUCCUGCUCCUUGCCACUACGCCCACAAACUGGCUUAUCUUGUGGGAAAGAGCCUCCGUCAAGAGCCAAGCAGGUCACUGUCACACACCCUCUAUUACCUCUGA